UUGUCGCCGUCAGUCAUGUUUGACUCGCGAGUAUUGCGGAGACGCGCGUUUGAAACAGCGGCUGUAAAAGUGUGAUCCGCGUUUAUCUGCGCGUGCAUGUGAGUGUGGCGCGCGCGGCAGGUGGAUCGGGCCCGCGCACUGUCCCGCGGGAGAACAGUUCAAGUGUCCAGCAGAACUUCUGUUGAUCGGAUCGGAUCGGAUCGCUGAUGUGAAUGGAGUCCCGGAGCUUCUGCGGUUCAUUUGUGUAGUGAUGAUGGAUCCGCGGAACGGAGCUCGGUCCGGUCAACCGCAGCUGCGCAUUAACGUCCCCAGCACCGCCAGAGAGAGAGUGGACAGUGUGGAUCCGUACGGGUUCGAGCGCUCCAGUGAGUUUGACUAUGAAUCAUAUGAAGAGCUCAUGUCUGAGUAUUUGUCUGUACUCACUAGAAGAUCAAUCAAAUGGUCAAAACUACUGAAGGGAAAACAACGAGUAGAGCGAAACCUAAAGAUAAAGCGUUACAUACGUAAAGGAGUUCCCAAUGAGCAUCGGACUCUGGUGUGGAUGACGGCUAGCGGUGCUCAGGAGAAGAUGGAGAGAAACUCUGGAUAUUAUCACUCAUUACUUCAGACUCAACAUGAUCCUAAACUAGUGGAGACCAUCAACACGGACCUGCACAGAACAUUCCCAGACAACGUUCACUUCCGUAAAUCAUCCGAUCCGUGUCUACAGAGAGCUCUCUAUCAUGUGCUGUUAGCGUACGGACAUCAUAAUCCAGCUGUGGGUUACUGUCAGGGAAUGAACUUUAUCGCGGGAUAUCUGCUGAUUAUUACUAAAGAUGAAGAGAAAUCCUUCUGGCUGAUGGAAAUACUGCUGGGAAAAAUCCUACCAGAUUACUACACUCCUGCUAUGUUGGGCCUGAAGAUGGAUCAGGAAGUUUUAGGAGAGCUGGUGAGGAUGAAGGUUCCUGCUGUAUGGAAACUCCUGCAGGAUCACGGUGUCAUGUGGACUCUGCUGGUGUCUCGCUGGUUCAUCUGUCUCUUCAUUGACGUUCUGCCCGUGGAGACGGUUCUGCGGAUCUGGGAUUGUCUGUUCUACGAGGGUUCUAAGAUUCUCUUCCGUGUGGCUCUUACUCUGAUCCGACAUCAUCAGGCGGAGAUCCUCCGAGCCCAAAACCUGCCAGACGUCUGUGAUCGCUUCAAACGGAUCACUAAAGGCCCUGAUGUGCAGGACUGUCACACUUUCAUGCAGAAAAUCUUCCUUGAGCCUGGAAGUCUCUCUAUGGCAACCGUCUCUAAGCUCAGAGGAAUUUGCCGAGCUCGGAUUGUGGCUGAAGAAUCCUGACGCUCCGUUUGAUCUUUUCUAAACAUUCCAAUAUCUGUUAGUUUGCACUUAAUUCCUUACAGAAAACACUAAAUCUUAUUUUUUAAAAGCCGAUAAAUGAAUAGUUUAGUGACGGAGACUGAAUGGUAUGAAUGUAUAUUUUCUUACAUUUCCAGACGAGUGAUAAUAUUUUGUAUUUCUAUUGAAUCAGAGAUGCUGUACAGAUGUUAUGACUGUUAUCAUGACAUGAUUGAGAAAUCAAAUCUCAAUAUUUGACCAACAACACUGUGAAAUAAACCCUUGGUUUUUUUCUCAACA